ACUCGACAUCAAAACGUUGUCAAACGUCUUGUACCAACAAAAUGAAAUUAACUCUAUUCGCUCUCGUUGUCAUCCUCGCCCUGGUGGCGGUCCACGCCAGCCCCCAUCACGAGGAACGUCGGCACGAAGAACGGCGGCGAGAAGAAGAAAAACACCAUCACCACAGGGAAGGCGGCGAAGAAGGAGGCCGCGGACGUGAAGAAGAACACCAUCAUCACCGUGAAGAAGAAAGAAAACACCACCGUGAAGAAGAAGAAAGAAAACAUCACCACCGUGAAGAAGAAGAAAGAAAACAUCGUGAAGAAGAGGAACGCCAUCAUCACCGUGAAGAAGAACGAAAACAUCAUCACCGUGAAGAGGAGGAACGCCACCAUCACCGGGAACGCGAAGAAGAACGCCAUCAUCAUCAUGAGGGUGAGGAAGGAGGCCGCGGAGGUGGCGAAGAAGAAGGACGCGGAGGCGAGGAACAUUGGGGCCGCGGUGGCGAAGAAGAGGGCGGCCGAGGAGGCGGCGAGGAAGAAGAAUGGGGACACGGAUGGGGACGCAGGGAGUGGUAAAUCGCCACAAGAAGGAUUUUUCAAGCACGUUUUGUAAAGCACCCCUUGUUAUCAUGAAGUUUUAAUAAAAAUUAAUUUUGCAGUUAA